GGCCAAGUAGUCUCCAUGCGAAAAGAGAGCCAGAGUGUAUAAUGUACAUAGAAUAUUGCGAAUAUUUUUUGCAUGGUCUCUCUCUGGAGGCAAAUCUCUCCGCACUGCUCUAUGUACGGCUACAUAACGUAGCUCCUCAAGAGCAAUAUAUCUCUCUUCUUGUCGUCCCACUAAAUCUCAUCCAGGUUAACUUUCCUCGAUCGAUUUUAAUGCACAGCCACUGACUACUCGUUAUCACCGGGAAGUACAAAAAUUAGAGGCAGUUAGUUAAGUGGGCAAAUCUCACCUCAUCAUCAUCAACAACAAUUAAAGAACAACAUGGAGUUUAAACGACGUCGCAUGAUUAAAAGUGAGAUUGACAGACUCUUGAGUGACGAGGGGACGAGGAAUUUGCUCAGCGGAAUCAAAGUGAUCCAAAAGAGUAAAAAGUUGACGAGGAUUGUAACGAGGAAUAGGGUGCCCAGUAUCAAGAAGAACGCCAACUCCACAAGAGGCAUCAUUAUUGACAGUGGGGCAAGUCCCAUCAGCAGUAGUGUGACUGGCACUAAUAGAGUUAAGGAUGCGAGAAACAGUAACGAGAAAACUAAAAAAAUCAUCAAAAAAUCACUCAGUCUUUUACAUAGUAAUAAAAUUAAUAAUGGUAAAAUAACCACAUCCACUAAUAGCAGUACCAGUGUUAGUGGUAAGAUAACCAAUGGUGGCAAAAUGAAUGGUGGGGCGACAAAGUUGAGCAAUGGUGUCCGUGCUAAUAGUGCUGGUGCUGGUCACACAACAACAACAACAACGUCGUCAACCAAGGGGGGCUCUCCUGCGACCGGAAAUGGGGUUACCUCGUCGAAAGUGAGCAGUUCGACGCCCUCGCUUCCACUCCUCGCCUCCCUCGUGCGUGGAAACGUGGCGUUCAUCACCUUGUCGUACCAAAACCAUUCCUGCGUCCUACGAACUCAGGAUUUACGUGACUUGGUCCGGAAAUUAGAAGAAUAUGAAUCUCGCAGAGGAAUCAGUGUGAUAGUGAUGAAUAGUUCCAGUGAUAGAUUUUUCUGUGAUGGCCUUGAUUAUAAGGAACUUAUUCAUGCGGAUCUCAACAAACGUAAAAAUGCCGUUCAACUUCGAAUCAACUGCAUCAAAAAUGUUUUGAACACGCUGGCGAAAAGUAAAAACUUUUGAUUGCUUCUGUUAACGGUGGAAAAGUGAACAGCUUUGGCUUGGUACUCCUUGGGCUGUUCGACCUGGUUUAUGCGAAUGACAAAGCAACAUUCAGCCUACAAAAGUAUUUCACUCUCAAACAACCUCCGGAAGGAAUCUCCGUUUUCAGUCAGAUGCAAUUACAAACACCAACAAUGAAAUCGUUUCUUUACAUGGGAAAAGUAUGCACUGCGUCUGAGAUGUACCAAAAUGGGUUUUUAGUGACCGAAGUUCUUUGGGAUGGGAGUCGAUACCAUGAACAAUUAGCUUCAAAACUUCAAAACGUCAAUGCUAACGAACAUACAAAGUCAAUUUAUAAAACAUACUCAUCAAAAAAUACAAAACAACUCGGUAAUGAUUUAGCACACGAAUUUAGUAUCCUCGAAUGCACAUGGGUUUCCGAUUCAUGGCAAAAGUGUGUACUGCAACAGUUGCAUCGCGAUCGUCAUAAUAAUUAGUAAUAAUUAGAUAAUCAAAUUUCUCUAUAAAUUGAAAUUCGGCUCUUCCUUGUACUCGGCGUAAUUUUAUAAAUAUAGGUACUCGUUACUCUUAUUAGUAAACAUUAAUAUGUUGUGAUUACAAUUCUGUACGGUGCUGCUAAUCUGUAAUAAUAAAUCUCGAACAAUAUCGAUCGGCGCUUUU